AAAAAAAAAAAAAAAAAAAAAGAAAAAAAAGGGGAAUCGCAUCACGGGCAGGCUCAGCUGACGCGGCGCUGGUUGAAGCUGCCGUGCUCAAAAAGAGGGUGCGGCAGGCAUGGAGCAGAGGUGAGUGUUAAUCCAUGGAUGGCCAGUUACACUGCUGUACACCAGACUCCUGCAGUGCACCAGCAUCAUGAUAAACCCAAUCCUAUCACAGACUCUGCUAUAGCUGCUGUUUAUUUAUCACCAUGGUGAGAGAGAGGACCUUGACUCUGUUGCCAUGGUGACCCUGUAGCAAAAGCCCUGGCGAUCACACAAAAAGAUCCAGGGGACUAUUUCAAUCUGCUGCCAUGGUGUUGCUGUAGAGAUGCCCUGUAUAGUCAUAAGUCUGUUGCUAUGGUGAUCCUGUAGCAAAGCAAUUGUCACUAUGGGAACGUCCAGGAUGUUCCGCAUUUUUGUUGUCCUGGGCUCGGCCUUCAUGAUCCUUCUCAUCAUCAUCUACUGGGAUGAUGUCGGAGCCUCUCAUCUAUAUUUGCACACUCCAGUCUCGCCGGGCCCCAAAAUCCCACAUCCCCCUCCCCAGCAGCGGCCUCAGACUUCCCGAAGCCCGUCCUUCCUGUCCGACAUUGAUGCCUUCGUUAACCAGUUCUUAGAACCAGGAACUGGGGAGCCCACAGACCCCGCCCCUGUUGACACAAGCAACCAAUCAGAGAAAGCAGAAGAGCGGUAUAUACCACGGCAGGAGUGGAAGAUUCACCUGUCACCAGUGGCAGCAGAGCUCCGCGAGAGACAGGAGCAGCGGCGGAGGUUACUUCAGGAGAUGUGUGCUAAUGACAGUGUGGUGUUUCCUGGGAAAAACCGUUCAUUUGAUGACAUUCCCAACAAGGAGCUGGAUCACCUCAUCGUGGAUGACAGGCAUGGUAUUAUCUACUGCUAUGUGCCUAAGGUGGCGUGCAGUAACUGGAAGCGGAUCAUGAUAGUCCUCAGUGAGAGCCUGCUCCAGGACGGUGUUCCCCAGAGAGACCCGCUGGCCAUCUCCAGGGACCUGGUCCACAACAGCAGCAUGCACUUUACCUUUAACAAGUUCUGGAAACGCUAUGGCAAGUUCGCAAGGCACCUCAUGAAGGUGAAGCUGAAGAAGUACACAAAGUUUCUUUUCGUGCGGGACCCCUUUGUACGUCUCAUUUCCGCCUACCGGAAUAAAUUUGAGCUGCGCAACGAGGACUUUUAUCGGCGCUUUGCACAGGUCAUGCUGCGCCGCUAUGCCAAACAGCCGACACCUCCUGCCUCUGUGGAUGAGGCGUUCGCUGUGGGUAUCCAUCCCUCUUUCUCCCACUUCAUCCAGUACCUCCUGGACCCCCAGACAGAGAAGGAGAUGCCGUUUAAUGAGCACUGGCGGCAGGUGUAUCGGCUUUGCCAUCCAUGCCAGAUCCAGUAUGACUUCGUGGGCCACCUGGAGACAGCAGAAGAGGAUGCUGAGCACCUACUCCGCCAGCUGCGGGUGGACAAUGUGGUGGAGUUCCCAACCUCCCACAGGAACCUUACAGCCAGCAGCUGGGAGGCCGAUUGGUUCAGCACAGUACCUGUGGAGGCACGGAGAGAACUCUACAAGCUGUACGAACCUGACUUCAGGCUUUUUGGCUACGACAGACCAGACUCAAUCCUCAACGAGUGACUUAACUUUCUACAAAACAUGCCACACAGACAAAAUGUUUUUUAUGUAAUAAAACGAUGCUACACUCCAACAACAGUAACACCUCCCUUUGUUCUGGGUUUUGCAGAUGUGUUGUCCAGUUUGUCUAUUCUACAGUGAAUGUGCACAUCAUUAAGGACACCCACUGCUCUGAGGAAGCACACUAAUGAAAUGAAGCCAGGUAAAAGCCAUAAUCCGUUAUUGUUUUUCUUUAUUAAAACACCAAGAUAAUGAGAAGCACACAAGGUAGAGUGGGACGGUUGAGAUAUGGAUUGUACAAACAGCAGGUGUCCCUAACAUGUUGUACAUUCAAUGUAGCCUUUAACUCAAAACUCUGUGUUGAGUGUCUUGCACUCCCAACGUUGAUGUCACACCGCGCCUGUGAUUUGCUCUGUCAUGACUAACUGCGAUGAUCACACAGGCUUCGUAGCAGGAUGUUGCAGAGAAGCCUCGCCGAAGUGAGAGCCAUACUCCAUGUUUACUCCUGUGACAUCACAGAAACCCUUUUUGGUUGUGACGUCAACGCAGUGGUUUUGUACAUAUGGGCGAUUAGUUGAAAACAAGGUGUUACUAGAUCAGAUUAAAUGUAGUUUCACUAGAGUGUUAAUUGUCAGCUAAUUUAUUUCACAUUGUAAAAGUGCAAUGUUAUGUUAAACAUGAAAGGGAUUCUUAUGUUGAACACUCGAUGAAAAUACAUAAAGACAGCUGUCAACAUCAGAAAUAGGUAUAAUUCUUUUAUACCUCAUACAUAGAUAAAGAGGAUAUUCAUAUGUUAGAUAACACAUACUGUUUCACCUCAACAGCAAACCUUCCUGCUUUUUCAGACAUCGUUACAUUAGGUUUCAGCAUGGAGAAGUCCAUUGAAUUACAUUGACAGAAUCAUUUCUGAAGACAUUUUAGCAGCUUACUUUAUUUGACAGCUUCAGAGCAUUAUAUAUAAAUGCCACGUCAGAGCCUCAACAUGUAGAAGCACAGAAGCUCCAGUGAACACUAGACUGAGUUGCUGGAUUUGUCUCAGCUUGUCUCUGAGGCAUAAAACUGGAGAAUCAGCCUUCUUUUGAUUUCAACUCAGCUGUAGAUGCACCGGAGAGACUCUGUGUCUUUAAACAGACAGUUUUCUAAAGGGAACAUUUUCUUUUAUUGCCUGUUGUUACCAUUUUAGUGUUAUCAUCAGCAUUUGGUCAUCUUUGUGUUUUCAUGCACUGGCUGCAGUUAGUAACACUGUACUAUACUAGGUAACCCUAGACACUGCAGCAGUAUGUUGCCCCCCCCCUAAAUAUGAUGGGCAUUUUUAAGGAUAGCAUUUUCAUUGGAUGCAGUGGAUCUGAACACAUAAUUCGAAGCCAAUAAAAAGUGUUAUCGAGUAUUUACAAUAUUACUGCUCUGUUGUGAAGAUACAUCACUCCACAGGUUGGGCUGAUGCUAACAUUUUAAGUACAACUGUAAAGUCAGUGCAAGAUGAGUCUAUAGUCACUAUUAAUGUCAGAGAUUCCAAGGAAAGGUUUGCUCAUGGUUAGAGUCAGGAUUAAUCACGUCACGAUCUGGGCAAGGUUUGGGUCACAUGAUUUAUAUGAGAAGAGUGGGAUGAGAAGAUAGUGCCUUUGGUUGCAUACACAGCAAAAACGUAUUUUUGUAGAAGGACUUCAUUUUUAUUUGUAAUUUGUAAUUUGUAUGAUUCAUGAUUCUGUGAGGACUCUUUCAGUGUGCUUUUUAAAGUGGUUGUGUCCAGUGGAUUGCUCCGUGUAUCAUUUACUCUAUUGGAUUACUGUGUGUUUUGUACUGUAUGUGAUGUCAUGGACAUGCUUUGUGCCACAUUGUUAUACAAAUCACUAAGAUGAACAUGUUCACACACUGUUAUCUCACUGCCUUUUGGUGGAUUUCUUUUUCUAUAAGUGUAGGGUGUUACA